GUUCCUCUCUUGUCUGUCUGUCGGCGUGCGUGUGUGUGUGUGUUAGCACAGACACACAAACACGCACAUACACGUAACCGCUCAUCGACAUACCGACACACGCUGUAUCGCUGUGUAGCUCCUCAUUGGCGAGCUGGUGCAGCUGACUGACUGACUGACCGACUGUCUGCUCCAGGCUCCUCCAGGGCUCCACGCUCCCACACCGGCACUGAGCCGCCAGCAGGCACCGCAGGGAGGAAGGUCCGGGGACGGGAUGCUUUUUACGGCGGGGGCUCCGGCGGCGGCGACCGCUUAAAGCACGAGUCUCCUGCCCGGCGUUCCAAACACUUCUGUUAGGCUUUCUCCAGUGAAAUAAUGACUUCUCUCAUUUGUUGAGUUCGGGAGGAAAGGAGAGGUUGCAAACAGCGCGCCGGACGCCAGGACUAUUAUCUGUGGCAGGAUGGCUUUUUUUGAUGAACAGAGCUAAAAGGAGAAGCGAAGAAAAAGCAAAAGAAGAAAAACAUAAAUCAAUUAUAAAAAAAAAAGAAGAAGAAUGUUUUCAGCACUUAUUUUAUGUUCUUAUACACAGUAAUUUCUACUAUCUCUUAGUUGAUUGAGUUGUGACUGUUUAGUCACUGGGUCCAGGGUCUGAAUUCUGCUUCAAAGUUCUAUCCGAGGUUCGCUGAGAAGAAAGAAGAUUGCUGUUUAGGUCUCUGUUUGAAUUUCACUGCUCAGUCGAAUACCCAGUCCUCCCAGUGACUCCAGUAAUCAGUGGCAACCGGAGGUGAGGAAGGAGCGCACCGGAGACAGGCAGGACCAUGAUCAGGAUCUUCCCGGAUUUCAGCGUCCAGGUGACGGCCUCGGCGACCGGAGGAGUCGGGUCUGGUGGUGGAGGAGGCGGAGCCGGAGGGAUGGUGACUGGACCCCCUGUUGGUCGGGUGCCGGUUCCGGUACCAGGAGCCACUAACGGGACCCCACAGGGUGUCCAGGGAAUUUCCGCAUACCAGCAAAGUGACCCCUACUGGGAGCGGCCGUCUAAUGCAGGCAGCUGCUCGAACGCCCGGCCCAAGACCCUUCACCUGGCCGGCCAGCAGCAUACCUCCUCACCAUGGCUGCAGGCUCUCCGGAAGGAGAAGUCAAGGGACGCUGCAAGGUCACGGCGAGGGAAAGAGAACUUUGAAUUCUAUGAAUUAGCCAAGAUGCUGCCGCUGCCCGGUGCCAUCACCAGCCAGCUGGACAAGGCCUCCAUCAUCCGCCUCACAAUCAGCUACCUGAAGAUGAGGGACUUUGCCAACCAAGGGGAUCCGCCAUGGAACCUGCGGAUUGAGGGACCCCCGCCCAACACCUCAGUGAAAGCUAUCGGUACUCAGCGGAGGAGGAGUCCCAGUGCCGUUGCCUCUGAGAUCUUCGAACCUCACCUGGGUAGCCACAUAUUACAGUCACUGGACGGUUUUGUAUUUGCACUAAACAAGGAAGGACGUUUCCUCUACAUCUCUGAGACUGUUUCCAUUUACCUGGGAUUGUCACAGGUGGAGCUAACGGGAAGCAGUGUGUUUGACUACGUCCACCCUGGUGACCACGUGGAGAUGGCAGAGCAGCUUGGCAUGAAGCUUCCUCCGGGGAGAGGCAUGUCUCUGUCCCAGGGAGUGGUCAGUGAAGAUGGAGCAUCCUCAGCGUCAUCAUCAUCACACUCUGAGACGCCUGAGCCAGUGGAGUCCAGCAGUCCCAGCCUCCUGUCUCCUGAUAACUCUCUGGAACGAUCCUUCUUCAUCCGGAUGAAGUCCACUCUAACAAAGAGAGGUGUGCACAUCAAGUCCUCAGGAUAUAAAGUGAUCCACAUCACAGGGCGUCUGCGGAUCAGGAUGGCUCUGACGCACAGCCGCUCGGUGCCUAAUCAGAUAAUGGGAAUGGUGGUGGUAGCUCAUGCCCUUCCACCGCCCACAAUUAACGAGGUUCGCAUCGACUGCCAAAUGUUUGUCACCAGAGUCAACAUGGAUCUCAAGAUCGUCUACUGUGAGAACAGAAUCAGUGACUACAUGGACCUGACCCCUGUGGACAUUGUAGGGAAGAGGUGCUACCAGUUCAUUCAUGCGGAAGAUGUAGAGGGGAUCAGACAGAGUCACCUGGACUUGAUGAAUAAAGGUCAGUGUGUGACCAAGUAUUAUCGGUGGAUCCAGAAGAACGGUGGUUACAUCUGGAUCCAGUCCAGUGCCACCAUUGCUAUUAACGCCAAGAAUUCCAGUGAGAAGAACAUCAUUUGGGUCAACUAUGUCCUCAGUAAUCCUGAGUAUAAAGACACACCCAUUGACAUUGCCCAGUUGCCAAAUCUUCCAGAGAAAGCCUCUGAGUCCUCCGAAACCUCCGACUCUGAGUCUGAGUCCAAAGAGAACUCAGACAAUGAAAAUACCAAGUCUGAGGGAAAGCCAGGCCACCAAGCAGAACACAGAGAGGAUCCAGAAGCAGACAGUAAACGUCAGCAGCAACCAGGCCAAUCACAUUGCUCAUCCGAGGAAAUGAAGAACCAUGACGACGGAGACAGUUCAAGUAACCCUGAAAGUCAGGACAGUGAUGACAGCCUGGAGCCUUCAGAUGGGGAGCAGGAACAGGAGCAGGAGGUGGUCCGAGGAGAGGGGGGAGGACUGGAAGGCAGGUUGGGGAGAUUAGCUGGACUGGGAGCGCUGGAGGGACUCAAUACCAUCAGUGGACUGGGUAGUUUGGGAGGGCUCCAUAUUAAGGUAGAGCACUAUGGAGAAGGAGAGGAAGAACUCCACAACUCACACAUCUCUUCAUCAGAGGAUGACGAAGAAGAGGAAGAAGAGGACAUUGAUGAGGUAGAUGAUGAAGGAGUACAAAAAUGUGAUGAUGCCAGUGCUGGCAGCAAGCUCCAAAAAAGGCGGAAAAGGAGAAAAGUGCAAAAAUGGGAUGGAACACGAAGCAGAAGGCUUCGUCUUUCCGCAACUCCCCCCAGCCCAGUAGCAAUAGGCGACUCUACACCACAGGCCAAUCCCUCAGGGGCCACCUCCAUCACUUCCACACCGCUUCUAACUUCGUCCGACUCCCCAAACAGCACAGGAACCACAUCCUCUGUUCUUAAAAUCAAGACAGAGAUGGCAGAGCCUAUAAACUUUGACAAUGACAGCAGCAUCUGGAACUACCCACCCAACAGAGAGAUUUCCAGAAAUGAGUCUCCAUAUAGCAUGACCUCCAAGCCUCCUGCUGCAGGGAGUCAGGAGACAUUCCCUUCCCCACAGGGUGGCUCUCUACAGGUAGCCAUCCCUGACUCUGUCCUCACCCCUCCUGGACCCGAAGGAGCAGCAGGUGGGGUGAGAAAGCCUCCAUACAACGGAAACUCCGCCUCGUCCUCUUCUUCCACUGCUACGAGUUUAGCUCCUCCUUCCAACACUUCCUCCGCUGACCCCCUUUCCCCUCCGCUCUCUGCAUCCCCCCGGGACAAGCAACAAGGUACUCCUACAACAUCCUCAAACUCUUCCUCAUCCUCCUCUUCAAAUUCAAGCUCUUCUUCACUGCUGUAUUCUGGGGAUCUUGAAGCACUUCAGCGCUUGCAGGCUGGUAAUGUGGUCCUUCCGCUGGUUCACCGCGUCACGGGAACUCUGUCUUCUACCAGCACCACGACGCCUCGUGUCUACACCACCGGCACCAUAAGAUACGCGCCAGCAGACGUCACUUUGGCCAUGGCACAAGGGAACCUCCUUCCCAAUGCUGCCAUGAACUUUGUGGAGAGCUCAGGGUUUGGUCUGGACCCUAAGACACCUAUGGAGAUGCUCUAUCAUCAUGUUCACAGGCUAAACAUGUCCGCUGCAGCAGCUGCAGGCCCGUUUGUUGGAUCCCCAGCACCCACAGUUGGCAAUGGCAGCUUGGGAGGCCAGAUGUCAGCAACAGCCAACGUUUUCACCACAGCGGAGGGACUUUUCUCAACGCUACCAUUCCCCGUGUACAGCAAUGGGAUCCACACUACGCAGACAACUUUGGAAAGAAAGGAGGAUUAAUAAAAUACAUCCAAGACCGCAUUACUGUGCUUAAAGAAUCAACAACUGUUUCUAACUCAAAGACUACUCAGUAGUAAAAAAUAGUAAGAAAGAAUUUAUCAGCGUGGAGCAGCACUGUGUUUCCAAGAUGGAAUAAAAGACAGGAACUGUCAAACGUACUCUAGCACUUUGAGCAAUUGAGCUUGUGGAAGACAUGGGUGGCCCUCACACACACACAACCCUUUUCUAUUGAUUUUCUCUAUUACCAAUCUCUUUGCUUCCAUUUAUUGUAAUCAACAACUUUUUUUUCUUACAACAGAUGAACAAAAAAAAAAGCAACGAUUCUUUACUGUAAAGAAUUCCUUUUUGCCUACAGAGAAUUCAUGUUGCCUAAGGAUUCCACUGGAGCCUGAAGGGGAUCAUUUUAUGAUAUCACUUGUUUUGGUUGCAUCUUUAUGAAGAUGUUGAUUGUGCAUACUUUCAGGAGGUUGGUGCAGGUAUUUGUGACACACUGAAAAUGCUGUGCCUCUCCUUAUUAUGUAUCUUGAUGUGAUCAAGGCUAAAGAAAAAGAGUUUUUAACCUGAGAGGAGAGGGCAGCUGUCUCAGAGAUAAUCUUUUCACAAAAGGUUUUUGCGAAUGUUUCUUGGUUGAGGGGACAGUAAUCGAUGCUUUUUCCUCUUCUAUUUCUUCCUUUUUAUGAAAUAUUCUAGCUCAGAUGUAACUUUGGAAUCAAACAUUAUACAGAAAAACAACAAAAAAAAACAGCAAUUUCAGCCGGGUAAAGACCUGUGAACUAUCGAAUGUUACUACAAGUUUCCUCAUUUAUCUGAGGAGUUUACCUACAGGUCUCACACCAAACAUAACCUCCACUUCAUCUACUCCCAUCUCAGUCUGUCGAGCUUUUGUACCUUCACUCUGCUUAUUUGACCCUUAACUUUCUGUCCACAUUUUUUCUGGUAAUUCUACAGAUUUGUGGUGCUAACAGACGUCCAGUUACCCAGAUUCAGCUGGCUGAUGUGGGUACUGUAAAUUCGGCCCUCCUGUCCUUCCUCCAGCUUGAUUAAUGUUUUUUUUAUUACUAACCUUCAGGAAUCUCAGAAUACACACGGCAAUGUGGAGCUGAUCACUAGAUGUUUAGGCUCUCUUCUGUUCUUUUUAUUUCUGUAUAUUUGAUUAGUGAGUCACUUUUAACUCUCAGUUAGAUGGAGGCUAAAUACUUAACAUUGCUAACUUAAAAAAAUGAAUGUUGACAACCUUGACAGGAUCUUGUUUUCCUGUUCCUUUAGUUUGUUUUUUGCUGUUCUCCUUUUCUUCCUGAACCAGAAUCACCUCCACAACAUUUUCCUCAACAAUCCACUCUCUUCCAUCCCAUCGCCAGAACCUGUGAUUAAAAACUACAUAUCAACAAGGAGAUUGUAAUAAAGACAUGCAUUUUCAAUCAAUCUGUCAAACAAUCAAUGUACAACAGGAGUAAAGUGGGAUUUCCUUUAUUUAGAUGAAUCAAAAAAGAGAAAAUCCCUCUUCUUUAAAAAAAAGAAAAAGAAAAAGCUUUGUUUUUGCUCUGGUUGUGUCCUUCUUCCCCCUGCCUCCUUUGCCAAAAAAAAGAAAGAAAUGCUAAGUUCACACAUUUGGUGUUUUUAAAGCACUGUGAUCCUUGCUCAUUUGUAAUUUUUUGGUAAAAACAGAAAAAAAACAUACUAAGUAAUAACUCAAACUGUAAUAAGCUAUCACAGUGUCAAUCUUUUGAAAGUUGACAGCCCUGUCUUUACCAUCCCGUCAUCUUAUUACCCCGUGUGAUUAAGCCGUAAAACCGUGUUACCGAUGUGUUUAGUGUCACUGGCUGUCAAAACGUCUUUCAUGGCAACUUCUCUGUGUGUGUGUUGACUAUAUGCAGUAUAUACUGAGCUACUGUAGCUGUUUUUGUCCUUUGUCUUCUCUGUGCUCUAUUUCUAGUGUGGCGAAGGAGAGGAAGUGGCGUCAGAGGGAAAAAACUGUCAGCUGGAUGAAUUCUAAUCUAAACUCUGACUCUCUGCUUCCUCCUCCUUCUCCUCCGUUUCCCUCUAUCUGCAGUCUUAGUGAAACCAGUGGAGGUUGUGGAAUUUCGUGUUUGGUGGCCUUUGCAAAAAAGAAAAAAAAACACAGGAGUAAAAAUUGGUAGAGUCCACCAUUUACUUUUUGCUGCUUCCUUUUUGUCUUUGUAAAAUUGCAUUUUUAUUUUCUAACCCUUCUCUCUUUCACUCGACUGUUGCUUUUUGCUGUUGUGUAGUCUUAUUCAAACCUCUUUAUCUUGUUGUCUUUUCUCUCAGAGAUGAAAAGAAUAUUUAACUAGCUCAAAGGUUUAUGGAGCCAUGUAUUUGCCUCUAAGGAAUUCUGGGACAGGUUUCCUGCUCAUGCACCCAAAAGAACAUAAUAAGAAAUAUUUAUAGUAUUUAAAUUGUGUAGGAAUAAUAUAAUUUACAUAAUUUAAUAUAAAGUUGGAUGAGGAAAAAUCUGAGGAAGGACUUUAAAUAUACUCUGAGGUGAAGGUUAAAAACUACCACAGCCUGGACUGUGAAACAUUUUCCCAGACUUCCUGGAGGUGUUUUCUGUGCUUUGGGUGUAUUUCAAUGGUCCGCACCAAAACGUCUUGAACUCCCAGUCAAAUUUGUCUUUGGGGAUCAAACUGACUUAGAUAAGGGUUUCGAGGGAUGUGAAAACAUUCACAACUGUCUUUCAAGACACAAUAAUAAAAAAUAAACAAAAAAAACAACAAAAAAAAACAAUUUUAACAAUUUCUAUAAAUAUUAAAAGCAGGAAAAAAAUUUCUCACUAUAAAUCUAUUUUUCUAGGUGUUUUGGAAAACUGAACUGCAUGUUUAGUAAUUUUGUCCAUUUACUGUGAACAAUCCGAUUUUUGAUUUUUAUUAUUAUUUUAGUCCAAUAGCUGUAAUUUUACUUCGUGUUUGAUUGUUUUUUUGUUUGUUUUUUUUAUGUCUGGAAUAUCCAUUAUGUGGAUAAAAUGGAGGCCUUUUGAAAGAUAAAGGUUUGCUGAAGUUCAGCAGACCAAGUCUCUGAUCCAGCCAUCACAUCUGGACAAAACAAACUGUCACGUCUUGUGUUUAUCAGUGUUAAGUUUGGUCUUUUCAGGAGCAAUUUCUUUCCACGCUCUGAAUUUUAACAUUUUCUAUGUAUGGAUUCAAAGGCAAUGGAAUAGUGCGAGCAUAUAGAAAAUACUUUAUCGAGUGUUCAAUGGGAGGCAUAUCACAAAUGAAACCAAGAAAUACACCCAAAUGUAACUAAAACUAAACAGCUGCUUCAAGCUGUUUUAAUGUUUUUCUGUGUUUUUUGUCGAAAAAUGAAAACGUUGCUGGUGAUUUUAAACCCUAAAAAACCUUAAUCACAGCUGCUGUCAAAUACAUAGUGUUUAAAAUUUUCAAAUAUUGAAAAGUCAUCUCAUUCACCUGUGAAGAAACUGUGUCUGUGUUUUUAACUAUUUCUUGUACAAUUAAACAGAUUCUUUUAUGAGGAACCUGGUGCCAAGUAGCUGAAAUACGGGAAAGCGGGAAUCUCUUAUUAUCAGUGUUAACAGUGUUAUAAAAUUCUAAAUACAAACAAAUUAAAAUAUUAAAAAAGAGAA